AGAGAGAGAGAGAGAGGCGUGGAUGUCGAAUCAACUCCAAGAAGUAAAAACACCCAAAACUUUAUUCCUCCGCCGGAGCGAGUGUCAGCUGCACACCUGCGUCAGUCCCACUGCCACUCCGCUGUUCAGGUGAUUACUCCCAUCGACCACCUGUGAGCCAUGGAAGAUGACGGGUCCCACGCCGAGCCCGGCAGCGUGUCGGGCAGCACCCACACCAUCCCGCAGCAGCAGCAGCCGCAGCCGGAGAACGCGGAGAUCCUGAUCCCGAGCUUCAGCCCGUCCUCCGCCCCGUCCUCCCCGACCCCGACGGGCACCCUCUCCCGGCUCGGCUUCAAGAGUCCCACCAGCCCGUCCGCGGUCGCGCCGGGCAGCCCCGUCGACCGCGGCCAGGUGAGCGCCAUCACGGUGGUGGCGCUGCUGGACAAGCUGGUGAACAUGCUGGAGGCGGUGCAGGACAACCAGCAGCGGAUGGAGCAGCGGCAGGCCGACCUGGAGGGCGCCGUCCGGGUCGUGCAGGGGGACGUGACCCGCCUGUCCAAGACCCACAUCAGCACCUCCAACAGCGUCAGCAAGCUGCUCGAGCGCUCCCGCAAAGUCAGCGGCCACCUGAAGGACGUGAAGGAGCGCCUGGACAAACAGGGGGUCCAGGUGAAGAAGCUGGAGGCGAACCACAACCACCUGCUGAAGAGGAACCACUUCAAAGUGCUCAUCUUCCAGGAAGACAAUGAGAUCCCCUCCAGCGUUUUAGUCAAGGACUCCCUCAAGACCCCACAACCAAGCCAGUAUGAUGCAGAAUCCACCCAGCCUACUCCAUCUAUUGCAGGCUCCGUUGAUGGCCGUGGCCAAGAUGAAGGUCUUCAGACCAUUAGCCUGUCCUCAGAUGACGAUGAUGACCUUGGAGCACCCCGGGAGGAAGACGAGAUGCUGGAGGGUGAGGCUGGAAUUGGCACAACCCGCACAUUUGAGAGGAGGGCCGACAGAUUCAAACGCUCAAGCCUGAAGAAGGUCGAUAGUCUCAAGAAGGCCUUCUCGCGCCAGAGCAUUGAGAAGAAGAUGACCCAGAUCACCACCAAGAUUGUGCCGCCAGAGAAGCGUGAGAAACUUAAGAAGAGCCUCACCCCUAACCACCCCAAGAGCCCAACGGCCAAGUCCUCCUCGUUCAAGGUAUCUCCCAUGACCUUCAACGUAAAGAAGGUCAGAGAUGGGGAGGGUUCCACACACGACAUGACCUCGCCUGGGGCAGAAGCUCAUGUGGAGAUUCCUCCUCUGGGAAGCUUGGAUGGUGAGAUUCCCUUGGCAGAGGUGCAUACCCACGAAGGUGUUGUGGAGGAGAUUCAAGAGAUGCUGAGUCCCUCCACCCCAGACAGCAUUAAGGCAGAGCUAGCAAUCAAUGGAGAGGCACCAAGCAUUGAGUGUGAGAUCAAUGGUGAUCGUUCUGCUGGCCUGGCAGUGCCAGAGCAUGUUGAAGAUGUUGGUGAGGAAGAAGACGAUGACGAAGAAGAAGAAGAAGAGAAACACAUGAGCCCUGUUGAGACAGCAGCAGAUGCCCAGAUCCCCACGGCAACAGCUGCUGUGGAGCAAGUGUCUUAAUAUGAUUUGAUGUUGUUGAGCUUCAGCUCUAAUUUCGUUCUUUUUCUUCCUCAUGUUUCUACAUUAACAUCCAGCAGGCACAAAUUAUCCCUCCAUUGUAAACAAACUUUCUUGUAACACUAACUUUGAUAAUCACCAGCCAAAAACCUUGACACCAUCUGCAUAAGCAUCUCUUUGAACAGCUACACCCCACAGUGCACCUCACUAAGAGUGCUUCCUAAACUCUCCAGUUGGGUCGUCCAAAGAAAACAACAUUGCAUCAGUGCACCAUAACUCACCCCCAUCAACUGGUGCCCACCACUUCAACAGCAGCACAUCUCCAGGGCAGUGGGCCAGCUAUCUCCCUCCUGCUGUGUUUGUCUGCCUCUGGACCUCCCUUCCUCACUGACAAAUAGUCUCUUUGUUCUUUGCAGGUUUUGUGAAAAAUUGUAAAUCUUUGGCAACAGCGGUUCUGCCCACAGCCUAUUGAGGCGGUGUGUUGCCAGGUUGUGCAAGAGAUGGAAUGGGCAGUUUCUGGGUUUUGGGUGAAAAUGUCCUGGGGUGUUUUGUAGUGAACUAGAGGUUGUUUACAGAAUUCUUUGGACCUUUCCUGAUCUUUAACAAAUGACUAUACUUCAUUAGUCUGAAUGGCUAUGUCUUGUCUCUUGUCCUUCACCUGCAGUUGUCAAAUUGUAUGUUUCUUCCCCAGUGAGAUCCAGUUCAUAAUUUCCGAACCUUUGUCACUGAUGAACGACCUAGAGCGCCCUGUGAGUUGUGUAAUUCCUGAUUUCCAGUUUACCACCAACAACCAACAAUUAACCUUUGAAUUCCUGAAAAAUAGAAUAGCAUAGUCAAAAUGUUCUUGUAAAUGACAUUUAUUUGAAAUACCUAUAAAGAUAAAAGAAAAAGGUUUGAGUCUAGUCACACUGAUGCAAAUGAAGGACAUCACUGCAUCUGAGAAGCUACUCUAGAUCGAGAGAAACAUGUAUUAUUGACACAAAUAAUGUUUUAAUACUGACAUGCUAAAUGUCCAUUUUACAGCCCUUUGUCUUUUCUGCAGGGCAACUUUGUAUGUUAAUGUACAGGAAUUAUUUUGUCAUUUUAAUUUGAGGCACACUGUUCUCUUGGUAUUUACAUCUUAUACAAGAUUAACUUAAUGAUAACUGCCUUGAGUGUGUGUAUUUAAACAGGGAAUGUUUUAUCUGUAAAAAAUGUUUUGAGUUACUACAUAUACUAGGGUGUUUAUAAGUCAUCUUUUACUCUUAGGCAUCCAUAACUUGCAUGGGGAGAUGUUUACUCAGUUUCAUAUGUUUAAGAUAAACACCAUCACUAAAACCCCUCCACCUAGAUACAUGCAGACACAUACUCCUACAGUGCCUCUACCUUGCACAGGCUAGUAUGAGUAAUUGUACUCCUUAUGGCAUGGAUUCCUUACAUUUUUGUAGAUAAGAGCGAUAGUAAAGCAUCCCUGAAGUUUUUUUCUCUACUGAGAAAUUCCUUGAAGCUAUCACCUUAUGGAGCGUACUCAAGGUUUGAUACUAACUAUAAAAAGACUGAGAACGUUUAAGUUUAAAGGAGGUGCAAAUACAUCUGUCACAGUCAACUUCAUGUUUGAAAGUCAUACCCAAAAAGUUUCUAUAAAGUGACCUUCCUCUCGUUGCACACCGUUAGUGCUUUACCAACCUUCGCUACAGAUGUCUGAUGCCAUGACUCCCUAAAAAUAAUUUAGCAAGUGAUACCAGGUGCCAAGGAUCCAGAUACUAGAGAGGUCACAGAAGUGGAUAAAGGCAGAGGACAGCAUUCCUAGGUUUGACGGAUGACUACUGCUCAGCCCAUUUUUCAUGCUCUUGGCCUCCUUGUUGAGGCAGCGCAAAGAGAGGAAGAUGCUCUCUGGAGCCACAGGUGUUCUGCCCCCGUAGAGACUCCCGGGCAUGAACUUGUAGUGGAGGGUGUGGGUGUUGGGGAGUUUGAGUUGUUGGAAAGGAUGAUAAAGUUGUGUUUGCGUUAUGCAUAUAUGCAGCUUGGUAGACCUUGAGUUGAGAUAGAGCAAUAGAUUCUUGGCUUCUUUAAGUCAAACUGCCCAAAAUAUUUUACUAUAUCUAAAUUAUGCAAGAAAAUCACUUUAUAUCACAAAUAUUUUCCACAGUACUUUGCAAAACAAUGGACUCAAAGCCUUUCAAGUGCCUCGUGUUAUAAAAAUAACGUGCCAGUUUGCUCAAUUGGAGCUGUAAGGAGAAAAUGAAUAUACGUAUAUCAUUUAAACAACUUCUUAACCAUUUAUAUUAAGUGUUCUUAAUCUUAGUUUUCUUUUUAAUUCUGCUUUGUAUAAAUCACAUUACUGAGAAAGGAUCAAACACUAGGCUUAUGUGUCUUUACAAUGUAGAGGUUAAAUAUGAGUGGCUUUCAUGUAUUUCUGCUUAUUCAUGCAAAUGUGUUACUUUGGUGAUAUCUCUGUCUGUUAAUUUUAAAAAAUAAAUAUCUAGACAUGUG